AUGGACUGGCUGCAACCACCGUUCCGACAAGGCUUCACGAGAGCCAGAGGCACAGCGACCCAGAUCGUUUGCACCGGUAAAACAAUCACAGACGCCCUGGCUAACGGCAACAGCGUCUCCAUGAUAUCAACAGAUCUCUCGAAAGCCUUUGACUCGAUCAACCACAAAGCCUUAAUCAAAAAGCUACAAGACAAAGACGUACCCACUAACAUCACAAAAAUUAUAGAAAACUACCUUGCAGACACACAACUGAAAGGCAGGUUUAGAACAACUGAAACAGAGGAGAAACCGAUACUCCAUGGCAUGCUCCAAGGAUCGAUCCUGGGACCGCUGGCUUUCAACCUGUAUGUCCAUGACAUCUAG